UCUUGUCUGAACCUUUUCAAUCAGCCAAGGUGGAAUUUGGUAAACACCGACUUGGAGUUCGACACUACGAAUGUUCAAAAGCUUUGUAGGAGUUAAUUUAACCGAGAUUUCUUUUCUGCUUUGGUUGGAUAACUGUAAGCAUGGUCGGAAUUCUUCUGGGCUUGCCUGGGGAUUGGGCAGAAGACGAGCUUGAGUCUUCUGAUCACUACACAACAAAAAUCGGCGGUCUUCCGGAUUGGCCUCCAUUGCCUGAUCAUACACUGAGACCGGAAAUUCUCAACUGUUGUUCAUGUGGAAGUAGACUUUCUCUUGUAGCUCAGGUGUAUGCUCCAAUCUCAACAGAAAAUUCGGACAUCAAAGAGCGUACGCUCUAUAUAUUUUGUUGCUUGAUGCCUAAAUGUGGAACUUCUGAGCAAAGCUGGAGAGCUUUUAGCGUUCAGAAAGCUAUGCAAGUGAAAGAAUCAAGUGAGAUAGCGGAUUUGUCUGUGGCCUCGCCUCCGGAUACAACUUCUAAAACUGAUUGGUUAGACGAAGAAGACGGUGAUGAUGAUGAAGAUUUUGAUCUGGAGAGUUUAGCUAAAGCGAUCGCAGAAGCUGGUACCUCUGCUGCUUCCAAUUCGAAGAAACAGAGCAAGAAACCAAGUGGCAAUGCUAGUUCAGGGACUAAAGCAAAGCCUUCACCUUUAAAAUCCGAAACAAGAGUUGUGGAUCAAAUGAAAGUUGAGACUGGUGUGGUGGUUCCGUGCUUCUACAUUUAUACAAAGGAAGAGAACGUCUCAAAAGAUGUUGAUCGUUUCUCCAUGAAUUAUUCGUCCAUGUCCAUCAAGGAGAAAGAAACCAGCAACGGUGAUGAGAGUGAAACCGAAGAAGCCUGGGAGAAUGAGACAUAUGAAUAUGACAAAGCCUUGAAUGCAGAUAGGACUUACCUUAAGUUCAAAAAACGGCUAGAUGCAAACCCGGAACAAUGUUUCAGAUACUCAUAUGGCGGUAAACCGGUGCUGGCCACUGAAGACCUGAAAUCUCCUGAUAAAUGCGGGCAUUGUGACUCUCCAAUGAUCUUCGAGAUGCAGCUCAUGCCUCCGUUAAUAUAUUUUCUACAUGAAGGUGUUGUUGAUAAAGAGCUUAAGCAAUCAUUGGAUAACUGGGAUUGGAUGACACUUAUUGUUUACACUUGUUCCAAGAGCUGUGCAAAUGCGGUGAAUGAUAAUUGGGUUGUUGCUGAGGAGUGUAUCGCAGUACAGUAUGAGAAACCGAUGAAUCUUGAUCAAGCUAGCUUCUUCAAAUGAAGCGAAUCAGUUGAUUGGCUGAGAAGAUGUUGCUGAAGUGACUAUAGCUUAAAAUGUGGACGAAAAAAGUCUGAUUUUGAUCAAGAAGUCAAAUGCGCCACGGAAAUAUCUUCUCCAACUGUUGCAGGACAGAAGUUCCCAGGAAGAGGGAGCUGCUAAAAAAAGACUUUUUUAUAGUUUAUCUGUCUAUUUAUAUGCGAGGCAGAAUAAUUGUUAUUUUUCUUUGUAAAAAAAUGUUUAGUUUUAUGUAAUGUUUUAAUUGAAAAAAAGAAGAUACUUUUAUUGGAUCA